AUUUCAUUCGUUUAUUUCGCGAUUCACAAACGUCAUACAUAAGAUUUGUUUAUUUCAAAGGUUAUAUCUACGAGUUUGCUAGUUUACCGUAAAUAUCGGAUAAAAUAAAUAAAUAAGAUUAAUAUUGUACCUAACAAUGUCUAUAAUAGCAGUCAGAUGUAUACCACAAAAGUGGUCACUUAUGAAUGUUGUGAAGAUUCUGGCUAAAACGAUAGCUGGUAAUUUUGAAGCAUUGAACUUUGAAACUGGCAAAGGCGGCAGGAAGGUAUGCUACCUAAGAUUGUCAGAGAAAUUGGACCCUGUUCGCGUUGUGGAGAAGAUUAAUUCUAAUAUAUUUCCGAAGCAGUUCCGGCCUUUUGCAUACAUACCUGAUCAUGUUCCUGAUAUCCCGCUAGCAGUGAAACCUAGGAAGAUACCUAACAAGCUGCGGCGAGCACUUCUGAUCGAUGCUGAAACUGAGCCCGAGAAGGUGGUGGCUAUGACGAAUAGUGAGAUCUUGAUAGAGCUGCAGUGCAAGUACCCCGGCCUGUACAACAUCAGCAAGAAGACCAACCAUAAACUCAUGGAGGAGCUCACCAAGAAAGUGUUUGAGAGGGUCCAAACCAUAGGAGAAAGGAAUGCGGAGAUGCUAGACUCGUGUUACAAGCUGAGUCGGUGCUACCGGCGCACGCACCCCCACUUCGGGGACUUCCAGCUCGUGCUGGGCACGCUGCACGCGCUGCAGGACGCCGCCGGCCUGCCCCGCACGCAGCUCAGCGAGAAGGAACUCGCCGAGCUGCCCGCACAUUCUUAUAUGAUUGACAACUUGCCGUUUGAUAAAGUGCAGCAAGCCUGCAACAAGUAUUCAGAGCGGAUUAUAAAGAAGGUAACUGAACACGUGAAAAAUCUCAAAUCUGAGGUGACGGGUACCGACACAGAGGAUGAAGUGGUCAGGAAGAGAGUUCGGGAGGAACUCAAGAAGAUGACGCCGUUCUUGGGCAUGAUCGUGAAGCAAGUUGUGAGCAAACACUUCAUUCCACAGAAGACUGGCUACUAUAAGUUACGGAUAUACGGCGAGCCAUUCCUGCCGGGCAAGGAGACGAUGGCGCCGUUCCUGCGCCGGUUCCAGACGGCGCGCACGAUCCGCUCGGAGCGCAUGUUCAACCUACUGCUGUUCGACGUGCCGCCCUCCAACUACGCCGCCAUCAUGGCCAUGGACGGCACUGUUCUCAAUGGUGCCAAGUUAGUGAUAAGGCCGUCAGACCUGCCCAUGUAUAAGUUGCCGAGCACCAUACUCUCCGCCAGUCUAGAGGCAGACGCUCAGGACGAAGAUAUGAAACAAGCUCAGACCGCCGACUGGAAUGACGAUGAAACUAUGUAAUUACUACAAGCCUAGAGUGGAAGUUAGGAAGAUUUUGUAUUUAAUAAUGUGUAUUUGAAAUACUUUGUAAGUUAAUAAAUAAUAUUUAAACAUACAA